AUGUUUACCGCUCUGACAUUCAUCCUUCUUCUCUUGGGCCUUCUUAGUUCUAUCCAACAAGUCUCCUCCUUCGCCCUUUUCAACGUGAGCUGCGAACUCUACCCCGGACCAUGCAACAACAACUGCUACGCCAUCUUCGUCGCCAACAAGCGCAGCAACUUGAACUGGGACAAGCCCACCAGCCAGACCAAAUCUAAGAGACGAAGGGACGCCGGGUGCGAUCCCAACCCUUGCAAGAACGGGAAGAUGGACAAGCCUUCCAGCGAUGAGGACAGCUGUGACGAGUAUCCCUAUGCAUCCACCGUCGAGGGUGGUACGGGGGCCAUCAUCAGAUGCACUGACGAAAACGAAAACCUGAACGAAGGAAGCGCUUUGGGGGCCUUUCUCACGUCCAACGACGGACCAUAUUGCUUGGACGAGGGAGGAGCCAACGACGGCUACGAGUACAGAAAGUCGAGCGGGAACUACAUCCAAGCCAAACGAGACGCCGAUGGCAACAUGUACCACGAACGCCACGUGCCUGAUCCAGCCGACUACUUCCCCCUAGAGAACCGCCGCGAGUUCCUCUUGGACAACGGCGAGACCGGGCUUCUCAUGUCCCGAGACUUGGAGACUUCUUACGAGGGCGUCAAAGUUGUCACUGGGCACGUCAAUGGUACUGCAUCUACUGCGAGGGUCAUACGUGAGCUUCACGGUAUUGACAAGAGCCCUGCCCUUCGACCUCGCCAUUUGAAGUCGAGGGUCGCUGGGGCUCAGUGA